AUGGCUUCCGAUUUUGCCACCAUGCUGACAUCCAGUAAGAAGCAGAAAAGAGACAAAGAAAGGCAAGCUUCUUCCUUUCAAGGAAAUUUUCUGGAAGAGUCCAACACCAGCUAUUGCAGUAGAGAACUGAACUGCCUUAUCUAUGCCUUUCUCAUCUGGUUAAAUCCAGAUUCCCCAAGGUAUGGAGGCAGCCGUAGUGUGGGCUUGGAGGUCAUGUUGAACAGGAAUGGGUCUCUGGAGCUGUCGUCCCAGCUGCCCGCCGGGCCGCCAGGACUGCUGCUGUCCGCGGUGAAUCCGUGGGACGUGCUGCUGUGCGUGUCCGGGACGGUGAUCGCCGGUGAGAACGCUCUGGUGGUGGCGCUCAUCGCGUCCACCCCGGCGCUGCGCACGCCGAUGUUUGUGCUCGUGGGGAGUCUGGCCACCGCCGACCUCCUGGCGGGCUGCAGCCUCAUCCUUCACUUCGUGUUCCAGUACGUGGUGCCCUCCGAGACUGUGAGUCUGCUCACGGUGGGCUUCCUCGUGGCCUCCUUCGCCGCCUCGGUCAGCAGCCUGCUAGCCAUCACGGUGGACCGUUACCUGUCCCUCUACAACGCGCUCACCUAUUACUCGCGCCGGACCCUGUUGGGCGUGCACCUCCUGCUGGCCGCCACCUGGACGGUGUCCCUGGGCCUGGGGUUGCUGCCGGUGCUCGGCUGGAACUGCCUGGGCGCGCCCGCCUCCUGCAGCGUGGUGCGCCCGCUCACGCGCAGCCACGUGGCGCUGCUCUCCGCGGCCUUCUUCGUGGUCUUCGGCGUCAUGCUGCACCUGUACGUCCGCAUCUGCCAGGUGGUGUGGCGCCACGCGCACCAGAUCGCGCUGCAGCAGCACUGCCUGGCGCCGCCCCACCUCGCCGCCACUAGAAAAGGCGUGGGAACUCUGGCGGUGGUGCUGGGCACUUUCGGGGUCAGCUGGCUGCCCUUUGCCAUCUACUGCGUGGUAGGUAGCCAGGAGGACCCAGCCAUCUACACCUAUGCCACUCUGCUGCCUGCUACCUACAACUCCAUGAUCAACCCCAUCAUCUAUGCCUUCCGCAAUCAGGAGAUCCAGCGCGCCUUGUGGCUCCUGUUCUGUGGCUGUUUCCAGUCCAAAGUGCCCUUCCGCUCCAGGUCCCCCAGUGAGGUCUGAAGGGCUCCUUCUGUGUCCUCUCACCAACACCACAUCUCCAACAAGCCAGCCUUUGGUGAGCUUCUCGGUGCCUGCUGAUGAACUCAGGUCCCAGUGGUGUGAAUCUGAAGCAUGGUGGGGUGGGGGGAGAGGGGGUUGAAGAAGAAGGACUAAAUAUAAACACAACAAACGCACAAGGACCAAGAGGCCUGUUGGCAUUUUACAUAUACAGUGUAUACAUGUGUACAUAUAUAUACAAAUAUUUGUAUCUUCUGGGGAUGUUCAGGAUGUGGAGCUUCCUGUUCUGUGAAAAACUAACAAAAAAAAAGAUGUGGUUGUAUAUUCAAAUCAUACAUCACAUUUGUGAAGACAUUCCAAUACUGCUUAAUAAUAGCACUUUAUUUUUAGCUGCUGAACUGCCAAAACAGUGUUGCCAUUUUCAAGGGCAGGGUAAAGGAGUAAAAGGUGUAUUUUUUGUUGUUUGUGAUAGAAUAUUUUGCUGUAAUGCAUCAAGUUGAAACAUAUUUUGUACACAAAUAAAUACAUUA